AUGGUCCCCAUCCUAGGAAACUCGACCAUUGCAGAAGCUACUACCUUCAUCUCAGCACUCAAAGCGUCAAAGAUAACAAGAAAUCUCCCCCCAACUGGGCUUCGAUUGAGAUCACUGUUCCCAUGGAUUGUUUGGACAGUCUGGACUACAAGAAACCAAAGAAUCUUUGAGAACAGAACCUUUGAUGCAACAGAGACACUAACCAAAGCGAUAACCUAUGCGCGUGAAUGGCAAGAAGCACAACUAGAUGCCACACCGUCUGCAACCACUGUUAUGGCGGCACCAUCAGCACAUCGUAACAGAUUGAUAGUCACUACCAUCAACACAGACGCGGCAUGGGACGAGGAAGCAAAAACAGCCGGACUAGCGUGGAUUUUUACAGACAACACAUGCCAGAUCAUUCAUCAAGGGAGCACAACAGAGGAGUGGGUGAGUUCACCGCUCAUAGCCGAAGGACUAGCGAUCAGGGAAGCCUUAUUUCAAGCCAAAGCACGCGGCUACACCAACAUUGAACUCAAGUAA